AAAAUCUCACAAGUCAAAUGCUGCAUUAAUCUCGCCGAAAAGAAAAUGAAAAUAUAAAAUAAAAAGGCCCAUUCCUCUCUCUCUUUCCCUCUCUCUCUCUAUUUUCCAUAUAUAUCUAUUGUACUCAUCUCUGGAACUUUGUAUAGUUUCUAUAAAUUUAUAAAUUGGAGGAGUUGUGAGAUUGUUGUUUGCUAACUUCUUAAUUACUAUAAAUAAUCAUAGUAAUUAAGUUGAAUCAUAAUAUUACUCACCCCUCUUUUGUUGAAGCUAUGGGUGAUCAUCAGCAGGUAGCUAAUGGAUCAUCAGUGAGUUUGAAUAUUAGUGAUGCUAAUGAUUCUUCAUCUACCUCUACCUGCAACUUUGUUACUCUUCCCUUCAUCCAAAAGAUAAUAGCGGAGACUUUAGGGACGUACUUCUUGAUAUUUGCGGGGUGUGGUUCAGUGGCGGUGAACGCAGACAAAGGAAUGGUGACAUUUCCAGGGAUAUCAAUAGUGUGGGGGCUGGUGGUGAUGGUCAUGGUUUAUUCUGUUGGUCACAUUUCUGGUGCUCAUUUCAAUCCUGCUGUUACCAUUGCCUUUGCUUCCAACAGAAGGUUCCCUUGGAAACAGGUACCAGCUUACGUGGCAGCUCAAGUGAUUGGAUCAACGUUGGCAAGUGGGACCCUAAGAUUAAUAUUUAAUGGGAAACAUGAUCACUUUGUUGGAACAUCACCCACUGGAUCAGACAUCCAAUCUCUUGUUCUUGAAUUUAUAAUCACAUUUUAUCUUAUGUUUGUCAUUUCUGGCGUUGCUACUGAUAAUCGAGCUAUUGGAGAACUUGCUGGUCUUGCUGUGGGGGCAACCGUGUUGCUUAAUGUGAUGUUUGCCGGGCCCAUAUCAGGAGCAUCAAUGAACCCAGCAAGGAGUUUGGGUCCAGCAAUAGUGUCAAGUCAUUACAAAGGUCUAUGGGUUUACUUGUUAGGCCCAACAGCUGGGGCCAUAGCAGGUGCUUGGGUCUAUAACAUCAUCAGAUUCACUGAUAAACCUUUACGUGAGAUUACUAAAAGUGGGUCUUUUCUCAAAUCCAAAACCCUACCACGUAACCCCUCCAAUUAGAAAAGGAAAACAAAAUGUUAAAAACUGUUUUGUCUUCAUUUUCUUCUUUUGAGAAAUAGAUAAAGAAAGCAAGGAAAUCUGUUUUCUUCAACUUUUGUAUACAUAAAGAAAGUCGUUAUAGUUUGUAAAAUAAUCUAAUGAAGUUUUAAUUUUGUCAA